AUGCGUUGGAAAAAUGCGCUUUUCCUAGCUGUUGUCUGUUCACAGUUCUUUCUUGUUACAGUUCUUAUUUAUUUAAUCAGAUCGUGCAACAAAACGCCGAUGCUUGCUUCAGAAUACGAACGAACAAGGAAGGUAAACGGUGACAUAAAAGCGUCCAAUCUGAGCAGAAGAUCUUCAUAUCGGCACCCCACGAUUUUUUCAACGUCAAAGCUGAAGUUAUUUGUCAAGAAAAACAACCCUACUGAUGAAGACAAGGAAAAAUUUGAUCAUCUGAAAAUCAAGGGAAUGGAAAAUAGUACGCGUUAUAACGGAAAUAAAACUUCUCUGGUGAUCAACAAUCUCGAUCACAUUCGACCAAAAAAGCGCCUGAAACUUAUCAUCGCAAUUUUAAGCGCUCCAAUUCGAUUUGAUCGUCGCGAAGGGAUACGCCGAACUUGGAUGAGCGAGUGCACUUCGGGGGAAGUCGUGUGUCGUUUCUUUACCGACAGUUUGUCGGACAUGGAGCCGAACGUUCAAACUGCGCUCACCAAUGAAAACGCAAGAUACGGUGAUAUAGAAUUUAUGCCGAUUCCCAAGGGAUAUAACUUUGGUCUUCGGUUGCUAUGGUUAAUGGAAUGGUCUGUGGAGAGAUAUGAGUUUGACUUUUUUCUACGAAUGGACGACGACUAUUUUGUCUGCUUGAAGAGACUGUUAUUUGAAAUUCCAUUUCGCCCUCAAAAAAGGUAAGGUUAAGUGACGCCUCAAAGUUAUCGGCUUUACAUAUUCAUUGCAAACGUAAUAUCCCCGGCAAUGAAAAGAGUGAAUGUUGAAGAAAAAUAUAUGAAGUUCUUAGGUUCUUGGAAAGAUGAUUUCACUUACAUGGAAGAUUAACUUCCAUGAUGACAAGUUACUAUCUCAGCCGAAGUAUUGAAGUUGCUUAUAGUCGGUGACUAGUUAGUUAUGUUAAUAUGAAGUUUUCACUUCAUAAUUACUUUUAAUGUCCCUGGGAACUACCAAAAAUAAUUAUAUGCAGGGUAUGUUUUUAUUCCCCUUCCCCGAUCCGGGCUGGAGUUCGUGAUUCCUCACAAGCCUAUAUGAGAAGCUUAUGACAGUAACAAUGGUGGUUACUGAAUACAAGGACUAUUGGAAUAAGGUAAAACGGACAACAUUGCUCAAACAAAUUUAUCGGGUAGCGCUAAAAGACGACUUUACUUUAAGGUGAUGUUACGCGAGACGAUUGGCACCAACGAUUUUUAGGACAACACGGCGUUGCAACAUUGUUGCGACAUUGUUCCAACAUUGAAACGCUGUGUUGCGCUAAAAAUCGUCGUUGCGAAUCGUAACGUGUAACAUCACCUUUAGAUUUAAGAGUUUUCAAUUUCUGAAUAUGUCAGACUUAUAAUGACCGUCCAAGCGUCUGCAAGUUUCAUAUUUUAUUGUUUCUUAAUUUGCUGAAACCUAUCAAAAGAAUAUACUAUCAAGUAAAAGCAUUUCAUUAUGAAAUCUAAAAGGAUGUGAAAAAUUAAAUUCAUAGUAUUCUCGAUCUUGAAUCUUGAACAGUCUUAAAUAACCUUGACAACGCGAAUGAAGAUAAAUUAUGGUAAAUGGCGGGUACCCGUCAGAAUUAUUAUUUAACCGCGCGAGAUAUGAUCUCUUGAGCUUUUGAUCCAAAAUAAAUAUUGUUUUCUAAAUAAAAGCUGGUGUUAUUUAAUGCGAAGCGUCUACCUGCCAUCACUGUAAGAAGAUAAAGUUAAAUCUGAUUUAUUUCCAGACUCUACUGGGGUUACGUUCACUGCGAGGUUGAGGGACUGGUGCGAAUUGACGAGGGCUUCAUCAUCUUAUCAGGGGAUCUGGUACGAGAGUUUAUGAGUAAAAAGGCCAGCUUACUGUGCCAUCCAUUUGGUGAUCAGACUAUCGCAAUUUGGAUGAACGAUGUUAAAAAUGUUAUUCAUUUCCACGAUCCGAGGAUAUAUCACGACGUAACCGCUCAUAUACCUGAGUUCAAGUCUCUAGAAGAGGUCUGUGGUACAUAUAUCAGUCUUCACGGAUCAUAUUUGCACGAAAUGCUUGUGUACUGGAAAAUAGCCACGCGGAACAAUUAUUCAACGUACUGGGUUCCCUCGAUUCAACCAAUCAGCAACUUGUGUCCACUGAGCAGGCGAUUUGAUUGGCGGGCCAUGGGAGGACCCCCAUACGGAUGGGAACCCAAACCGUGUGUGCUGAAACCGUUAUGGAACAUAGGGAAAAUGCACAGAGGAAGGAACAUGAUGUAA